AUGACUGAAGUAUUGUUUGAAGAAUAUGUUCGAUGGUUCGACAGAAAGAUGGAUGGACGAAUGGUUUUAUUGGUUAUUGACAAUUGUCCUGCCCAUCCAAAAGUAGUUCAAGGGUUACCAAAUAUUGAAUUGUUCUUCAUACCACCCAAUACAACUUCAAAAAUUCAGCCAUGUGAUGCAAGAAUUAUAAGAGCAUUUAAGAUACAUUAUCAUACUUGGAUGAGCGAUGUUAAGAAUAUCACAAUUGCAAAUUUCUUUCAACAUUACAAACUUCGUUCGGUAGAAAAUGUGGUUUCAAAGCCUUUAAAAGAAGAAGGCAUUAUGGAAUUAGGGUCAACAAUAAAUGAGUUACACUAUCAUAACGCAAUGAAUGAUGAUCAAAUCUUGGAUUAUCCGGGUAAAAACGACACGACCGAGAUUUUAACUGAUGAAGAAAUCAUUGAGGGUCUUAGAGAAAACAAUCAAGACGAAGAUAAUGAGGGUGAUAAUCGUGUUUUGGAGCCUGUUUCUCGCAAAGAAGCAAUUAGAGCAUCAAUGAAACUUGGUGAUUUUCUCCUACAAUAUGAUAGAAGCACUCCACAACUUCAUAAAGCUUUGUAA